UGACUGUUAAUUUAUGUUUAUAGUAAUUGAUUUUUUUUACAGUUCUAUUACUUUACUGUUGCAUACUUUGUCAACAAUAUUUGUAUAAUAAAAAUCUAAGAAAUAAUUAAGAUAGUUUUAUAAUUGAAUACAUUUUUUGAAAAGCUUCAAGAUAGCGAAUAAAAUGCGAAGAUCCCAUUCGGGGGGUUACAAUUAUGAGCCUGUACCAACAACGUCUAGUCAAAAUGUUUUCGAAGAUGAAAAUGAAAAGAUGACAGAGGAAUUGAGUACUAAAAUUCAUGCACUCAAAUCUUUGUCCAUUGAUAUUGGAACAGAAGUUAAAUAUCAAGAUAAAGUUUUACGUGGAAUGGAUGACGAUUUUGAAAGAACCAGUGGAUCAUUGAGCGCAUCUGUUGGGCGUGUUUUACGAUUAGCCAAAGCUGGUCACAAUUAUUAUAUUCUAUAUUUGUUUCUUUUCUCUAUAGCAGUAUUUUUUGUAUUAUGGAUAGUUUUAAAAUUUAAAUGAUCAAGUUUCAAACACACAACAAAGUUUAUAUUAUUAAGAAUAAUACACGUAUUAUUAAAUUUUUGGUAAUUUGAUAGCGAUUUAGGAAAUUAAAAUAUAUAUCUAUUGAU